GAAGCCUAAUUUUCUUUACCAUUUUCUUCGGUUACUACCAUUACACAACGCAAGUUCAAAGACACUGAAGGGGUUGUGGAAAUUUAUGAGCGGUUAAUGUCAUUAUUCAACUCUCUUGAGAUUCUUCGUGUUCCUUUCUUUAGGCAACAAGCGUCUUAAUAUCUCCAACCCUAAAGCACACAACCACACCAUCCUCCGAUGUUACCUACAAAUCCUUCUUAACCUUUCCACCUCCUGCUUCACAAUCCUCACAAUCGAUCUCUGCGAGAGAGAAGAAGUGAAAACCGACAAGGAGAAAAGGAGACACCGGCGAUGAUUCCGGUCACGGAUGCGGGGGUUGUUCUGGUCGAGAGCCUAGGUUUUUCAAUCUCUACAUCCAAUCUUGCUUUAGACUUCAAGUAGCAUGAUCUCACAAAUCAUUUUUCACUUCAACUUGUUCACCAAGCCACAGAUUUCUCACCUAGGGUUCGCACAAAUCCCCAAAUUGUGUCCAAUUUUCAACGAUUUCGUUUCUCUAGCACUACAAUUGAAUCUGAAAUGUUAUUUGAUAUAAAAGUUAGAUUAUUUUGGGAUUCAAAGUGGCGAUGGCAGUUACCCGAUGGUUACAGCUCCGACCAAUGAUGGGAUGCGGUAGCUUAAUCGGCUCAUGGUUCCUGAUUGAAGGAGAAACCAAGAUUCUCAACAAAGUGGAAGAUGACACUCACUGAUGCACUAUGCAAAGAGAUCGGACCCCAUGAACUUAAUCUUCAAUCAAAGGUUCUUGAAAUGUCCUACAACUGCGAUGGUAACGCGGUUGGUAAUUGGUCAAUAUGUUGUGCUCCAGAUCAAAACAAACAAUUUCAGCAAUCUUUCAAUGCUGUGAUCAUGACUGCCCCACUUGGCAAUGUAAAAGAAAUGAAGAUUACAAAGAUCGGAAGUCCAUUUCCGCUUAAUUUCAUACCAGAGGUGAGUUAUAUGCCAAUAUCAGUAAUAAUCUCGACUUUCAAGAAAGAAAACGUGAAGCAGCUCCUCGAGGGUUUUGGAGUUCUUGUUCCAGACAAGGAGCAGAAAAAUGGUUUGAGGACACUAGUUAUUACUCUCUGCAUAAACAUGUGGAGUAUAUGGCUAGAGAAAUACAACGGGGAGCCAAUUCGGUCGAAGGAGAACACUUUGGCAGGUAGCCGAAACAUUGCCUAGCGUCGUACUACAAAAGAUGAAGGCUCCACCUAAACCAGACGAUGUGCCCCUGAUUCGUCCAGAACAACUUGUCGAAGCUGAUGGAUUCCUGUUCGGGUUUCCUUCUCGUUUUGGUGUUAUGGCAGCCCAAUGUAAAGCUUUCUUUGAUGCAACUAACAGUUUGUGGGAAACUCAAGCACUUGCUGGAAAACCGGCUGGGAUCUUCUGGAGCACAGGUUUUCAUGGUGGAGGCCAGGAACUGACAACGUAAAUUCAUGUCGAUUUUUGAUAAGUUGAUUGUGUUUGAUUUGACCCGUUGAGAUAAAACAUAAUCCAAAUCACAAUGACCAGUUGAGAUAAAACAUUACCGAAAUCAUAUCGACCCCUUGAUAUAAAACAUUACCCCAAAUCGUAUUGACCCGAUGAUAUAAAACGUUACCAAAAUCACAUUGACCCAUCAAGAUAACACAUAACCAGGAUCAUAUUGACCCGUUGAAACUAAACAUAACCAAGAUCAUAUUGACUUGUCGAAGUUAAACAUAAACAAGAUCAUCUUGACCCGCUGAGAUUAAACAUAACCAGAUCAUAUUGACCCGUUGAGAUAGAAAUAUAACCCAAAUCAUAUUGACCCGUUGAGAUAAAAUCAUAAACCAAAUUAUGAGCAUGGGUUAGUGGUGGCUGGUGACUUGGACUGAGGGUGUGUAUUUGC